AUGGGCGGGUCCCUGCGCAACAGCUCGGCGUGCCAGUGUGACUAUUACACUGUAGUAUCUGUGUAAACAAGGCCCGAGCAGGGCGUGUCUAGACAAGACUCUUGGAGCAGCAGGAGAUCAACACACAUCUCGCGCAGUCGGUUGGGUCGAAAUGGACCGGAGGGCCAUCGCGCUGCUGCUGGUGGCUGCAGUUGCGCUCUGCGCUCUGCCAGCCAUCCGCGCUGACUCAGCCGUUGAUGCGACGGCUGCGCCUAAGGUCGAUAAUGGUGUUUCUUCUGGCCACGCGACUGCCACGGACGCCACCUCGAUUCACAGGGAGAAGGAGGCGAUGUCCAAGCAGCGCGUGCGCGACAGCGGCGAGCAAUUUGCCUUCCAGGCCGAGGUGACUCGCCUCAUGGACAUCAUCAUUCACUCGCUCUACUCCAACAAGGACAUUUUCCUGCGCGAGCUCAUCUCCAACGCCAGCGACGCGCUCGACAAGAUCCGCUUCCUGUCCCUCACGGACAAGUCGAUCCUGGGCGACGGCGACACCUCCAACCUGGAGAUCAAGAUCUGGCUGGAUCCGGAGUCCAAGGUGCUGUACAUCCGCGACCGCGGUAUCGGCAUGACCAAGGACGACCUGAUUAAGAACCUGGGCACCAUUGCCAAGUCGGGCACCUCGGCCUUCCUGGAGCAGAUGCAGAAGGGUGGCGACAUGAACCUGAUCGGCCAGUUUGGUGUGGGUUUCUACUCGGUGUACCUGGUGGCCGACUACGUGGAGGUCGUGUCCAAGCACAACGACGACGCCCAGUACAUCUGGUCGAGCACCGCCGACGGCAGCUUCGCCAUCAGCGAGGACACCGAGAACGAGCCUCUGGGCCGCGGCACCCUGAUCAAGAUCCACCUGAAGGAGGAGGCGCAGGAGUACGGCACUGAGGCCAAGCUGAAGGAGCUGGUGCAGCGCUACAGCGAGUUCAUCAACUUCCCCAUCUACCUGCAGACGGAGAAGGAGGUGGAGGUGCCGGUGGAGGAGCCCGAGGAGGCCGUCAAGGAGGACGAGAAGGAGGAGGAGGGCAAGGAGGACGAGGAGGAGGAGGAGGGCGCUGAGGACGACGAGGAGGAGUCCAAGGAGGAGGAGGAGAAGCCCAAGGCCACCCGCAAGGAGAAGAAGAAGGACUGGGAGCUGCUGAACGACAACAAGGCCAUCUGGCUGCGCAAGCCCAGCGACGUGACGGAGGAGGAGUACCAGAAGUUCUACAAGGCCGUGUCCAAGGACUACACCGACGCGCUGACCUACUCGCACUUCCGUGCCGAGGGCGACGUGGAGUUCCGCUCCAUCCUGUACAUCCCCUCCGUCAGCCCCUACGACUUCUACGACAAGUACUACGAGAAGGCCCAGCACGGCCUGAAGUUGUACGUGCGCCGCGUCUUCAUCAGCGACGACAUGAAGGAGCUCAUCCCGCGCUACCUGUCGUUCGUGAAGGGCAUUGUGGACUCGGACACGCUGCCGCUCAACGUGAGCCGCGAGAUGCUGCAGCAGGAGGCGGCGCUGAAGACCAUCAAGAAGAAGGUGGUGCGCAAGGUGCUGGACAUGAUCCGCAAGAUGGCGGAGGCCGAGGUCAAGUGCAAGGAGAUGGAGGAGAAGGGCGAGACCGAGGACAAGCCCUCCGAGAAGGAGUGCGGCCAGUACGCCAAGUUCUGGGAGCAGUUUGGCCGCGCCAUCAAGCUGGGCAUCAUCGAGGACACCACCAACCGCAACCGCCUGGCCAAGUUGCUGCGCUUCCACACCUCCAAGACCGGCGACCAGCUCACCACCCUGGACGAGUACAUCGGCCGCAUGAAGGAGGGCCAGAAGUCCAUCUACUACCUGGCCGGCACCAGCAAGGAGGAGGUGGCUGGCAGCCCCUUUGUGGAGCAGCUGCUGCGCAAGGGCUACGAGGUCAUCUACUUCACGGACGUGCUGGACGAGUACGUGAUGGGCCACCUGCUGGACUACGACGACAAGAAGUUCUCCAACGCCUCCAAGGAGGACCUCAAGCUGACCGACAAGGACGAGGUGGAGAAGAAGAAGGACAAGGAGCUGAAGGAGCAGUUCAAGGACCUGACCAAGUGGUGGAAGAAGGUGGUGGACGACUCCAAGCUGCAGGGCGUCAAGGUGUCCAACCGCCUGGCCACCACCCCCUGCAUCGUGGUCACCGGCAAGUACGGCAACAGCGCCAACAUGGAGCGCAUCAUGCGCGCACAGGCCUUCUCCCGCCCCGGCUCCUCCUUCACCCCCACCCAGCGCACGCUGGAGAUCAACCCCCGCCACCCGCUCAUCGUGGCGCUCAAGGACAAGCUGGCCGCCGCCACCGAGGAGACCGUGGAGGAGAGCGCCGUGGCCACCGCGCGCCUGCUGUACGAGACCGCGCUGCUGGAGUCGGGCUUUGUGCCCGAUGACGCCAAGGCCUUCUCGCAGCGCAUGUACGGCGUCCUGAAGGACACGCUGGGCGUGGACAGCCUGGAGGUGGCGCUGGAGGCGGAGGAGGCCGCCGAGCCCGAGGAGGCGGAGGAGAAGGCGGAGGAGACGGAGGAGAAGGCGGAGGAGACGGAGGAGAAGAAGGAGGAGGCGGAGGAGAAGGACGAGCUGUAAAGCGCCGUGUGGCUGAGCAGCUUAUGUGAAAAGGUUUAGAUGUUGUAGCAAGGCCAGCAGUGGCGUGUCCUUGGCGCACGCGAGUGCCGCGGCGCGUCCGCUGCUGGCCGUAAGCAAGGGGUGCGGUGGUACCCGUUCCGCUUGGCGUCGAGGGUUGCCUGCUGCUGCUGGAGUGUCCGCGCCAGUCUGCCGCGUGUGUUGGGGUUGCAGUUUUCUGUCACGCACCCCCUCCGCCGGUGGGCCCGUGUGGCGGCCAGUGCAGUGCGGUGCACCCGAUGCCAAGGCUAGCACAGGUGAUAAUCGUGCGAGCGAAUGUCACGAUAUGAAGAGAGGUAGGCGCGAGAGUGGACGGGCGCUUGCGCGUGCGUGUCCGUCAAUGACAAGACGCUGGAUGAAGCACGGGCAGUGAGGCAGAUGGGCGCUAGGUAUGAAACGACACGUGGCAAAGAAAUGACGCAUUGCAGACAGUGGACUUGGAACUGACUGCAUGUGGCAAUUGAUUGACGGAACCGGGUCUGCUGGCAUUCGGCUGAGCCCCACACUUGGUUACGAGAGGGUUGUAACACACCCCGCAU